AAUUAGUUUAACCAGAAGUAUUUUUAGUGUUUUAGGAAUUGAAAAUAUCGAGGUAUUUAUUGCAACGUUUUAUUUAACAAAUUGUUUGUUUGGAUUUAUCAUGCUGCAAAGUAAAAUUGAUAAAGGAUAUAAAACACUUGUAGACGUACCAAGUAGAGUACAUAGGUAUACAUCAAGUGAGGCUAGAAGUUAUAGAACAGGUGUUUCGAAUCAAUAUUAUGCCCAAAAUCCUUACCCCAUGCCAGUUCUGCCCCGUCGAAAACCUAUAGGUGUAGUUCCAAAAUUUUUGAAGCCGAUACCUGUUUCUUUGGGUCGCAGUUUGGAAAAUUUAUGGAAAUGUCAUUCUGUUAAUAACAAAAUCGAAGAGGUAAAAAUUAUUAAGCUUAGACAAGCUCACUAUUCUCUCAAUUUCAAGGAAAUUCCAAACGUAUCCUUAAUACGAAGCUUAGACAAUGAAACUGCUGGUAUAAAGGUCGAAACUAGCGAUUCCACAAAUUUAUCUUCUGAAGAAGAAUUGUCCACGCCAUAUGAUUCUAGUACUAGCGACAUUUUUGAUUCUCCGAUUUCCAAUUUACAAAAAAAGAAAUCAUCUCCACCAGGAAGUUCCGUUGAUCUUCUAAAAGGUACUGAUAUAUUUUCUUUUUCUUUAAACGAUUGGACUUUUAUCCGGGCAUAUUUUUACAUCGAUACCUUGUCUCCAUCGGAACCUAAAAAUCCUGUGCUUCCUAAGGAACCUAAAGAACCAAAAAAACCUAAAACACUAAAACAAAAAUAUGUUUUAUACAAAGAUGAAGUAUUACAGAAAGGGGACAUAAAAGUAGACGAAAAAAAAUAUGAUAGUGCAGAUAGGAAAAUCGAAGUUAAAAACCACAAACCUGACGAGAGAAAGUACAAAAUUAUUGAAGUCAACAAAAUCAAAACUGACGAGAUCAAACAAUACAAAAUCGUCGAGAUUUCGAACAACAAAACUAUAAAAACAAGAAAAGAAAAAAACGAUAAAGUCAAAAAGAAUAAGGGUGAUAAAGUGAAAAAAGAAAAAAUCUUCAAGACCAAAUCUACAAAACUGAAUACUAUAAAAAGUGGCGUAUUCCUGAAUAUACCAAAAAUAGUCAAAGAUCAAGCAGAAAUCGUUGUUCCCACUUGUAGUGUUUCAGAAAGUAAAAAAAGAAAAGAAAAACGCAAUCAAAAAACCAAAAAAGUGGCUAUAUCCAAUCACACUUUAACAUCCGGUCAAAGUGAUCAAGAACCAGAAAACAGGAAAAUGGAACCAUCAGAUGUGAAACAGCUACCCUCGAUGCCCAGUUUACAAUGGAACCAAUAUACUUAUCCAGUGAAUAAUAAGAGCACUCAAAUCUAUGCACAUCAGCCUUCAGAAAAAACUAGCACUAAUGAACCAGAUGAAUAUAAAUUUGUUGAUUCAUUGCUAGAUCAAUGUUCUAAUUCAAUAGAUGAAGCACUAGUGCCAGAUUUUGACAGCAUUCUUAACGAGCUGGACAUCACAAACCCGAUCAUUGAUCCCGAUCAUCCUGAAAAUACGUUACAAAUGUACCCAGAGGAUCAGGAAGAGAAGCAUUUAAAUUUACCGGAAAAAAACGAAAAUUUAGAUGCAACUCCUUUAUCUAAUCUACCAUCGACUUCUCAAAGUAACGCAGUUUUUCAAGAACACGAAAAUUGCAACCUGUUUUCUCCUUGCGAAAAUAAUAAGGAAAAUUGGAAUACAAAUAAUUCACACUCUCACAUUUCUGGCAACAAUAAAGUGAUUCCUUCAGUUCCAUCCAUUCAAACUGAUUGCAAUGUCAAUAAUCAAAAUGCCAGUGAUGCUGAAAAAUUAUAUAAUUUGAAUACUUAUAAUAUUUCUAAUUAUAAGUAUUAUUCAGGUGGUCAAAUUGAAUAUAAUAGAUCAACAGCAUUAGAUAAAGAUAAUUUAAGAAACUUGCAAGGAUCACAUUUAAGGCCUCAUAGUAAUCAAUCACAUAGUACUACUCCAAGUUUUCCGGAAAUGACGAAUUUCUUACAUUAUCAACAAGCUAAAUAUCCAAAUGCAAAAAAUACCAAUAGUAUGAAUUGCUCAUCAAGGACCACUAAUAACAUCACUUCAACUCUGAGAUCGGCUCAUGUCUUAGAAUCAAGAAGUGUACCUUAUAAUGCAAAACCUUACGAUAGAAGAAUACCAAAUGGUGAAGUUUUCAAAGGAAAUUCUAUGAAUGCACCCAUAAAAUCAUCAUAUAUUCAACAUCAACCUGUUAAUAUCUCAAAUGUUGAACCAUUGAGAAAUGUUCAGACAAAGAGACAUCAUAGUAGAGAAAAUCAACCAGUUUUUUCCAAUGGUAUUGCAUCUUUACAGCAAAUUAAUAAGAGUGAAAUAACUAAAGAUCGACCACCAUACAUGGGAAAUCCGAUGUACCCAAUGGAUUCUUUAUGUAACGUUCCAAAAUUUCCACCAGGAUUUGACUACCUAGGGCAUCCUUUCAACCAUUUAAUGCCCCCUGCUUCUCUACCUUAUUAUCACCCAUAUUUUAACUAUGGAUUUCCUAUGCUGCCUCCUUUAUAUCAUCACAACUAUCUUCAUUCAAUGUUAAGAAUGAGACCGGUCAUCGGACCAUCAACAAAAAAUGUUUAAAAAUUAAGAAAUAUUGAUAUAAAUGGUUUCUUUUUGUAAUUAUAAUAUAAGAGAAUCAAAAAAAGAUGCUUUUUAAGUUCAUUUCUGUAAUUACGUUAUUGACGUAGUUUUUGUUUGUAUUUAUAUUUUUGUAUGUAUUUUAGUUUAUAAUCUUUGUGCGUUGUUGGAUGUGUUAUAAUAAUUAUUGUAUUAAAUAUUAAUUAAACUUGAUGUAAUAAUGUAUUUUGAAAUGCAACACAAUAAAUUUAACCUAAUUUGUACCUAUGAAAUCCUGGGUAUUGUAAUAUUGCGGUUAGGAACAAUUAUUUUAGAUUGUAAAAAAUGUUAAUUUAAUUAAUAAUUUUUGUAAUAUACUCAGUAACGGAAUAAUAUUAUGUUAUUUUAGAAAUAUGUGUAGAUACCUCCCAUUAACAUAAUAUGAAUGAUACUUAUUGGUCUUAUGUAUGUAAUUAUUGUGUGUUGAAUUUAU